GUAUUAGUUAAAGGAAAUAAAGCAUAAAAGCUCCAUCUCCCAGAGGCAACGGAAAUGAGAUUUUGACUCUGGAUGACGCAUAGAACAUAAUUGCGCAAUCAAUAUUAACCAUUUUUUUUAUGAUGAAGUAAGGGUUUCCAGGAACGCUUUGUUGAGUUUCAAAGGGUUCAAUUUCUGUUGCAGCGUCAAUACCUGAAUGGCAGCUGGAUGAUAUCCAGGAGCUGAACAUCUGCCAUUAGGCUGCACAGUUGGUCAACGUCCCACCCGCUCACAAUCAGGCAAAAAGGAAAAGGUUACGGCACCAUUUAAAGAGAGUUCCAUCAGAGAGGUCAUUUGCAAAGAGAAAAAAAAAAAAAACAUUGAUGGUUUUGUGUGUAAUUAUUGUAAAUCACUUGAAAUGCUAGUCAUUAGUGCUUCAUCAUCGGGAAAGGGGUGUUGUUCAUUGCAAGCUUACUUAUUAUGUUACUUGUUGAAAUUGCCCCACUAUUGAAUAACAUCCACAUUCAUAUUCCAUAAAAACAGACAGCGUGAUUACUCCUCAAUUCCCUCUUUGUAAAAGCCUUUACAAUGAAGUCCAACCAUAACCGAGGCAUUUGACAGGCAUGUAAAAAGAACAGAAAAAACCAACAACAACAUGAUGCAGUCUGGUUUCCUUCAUGCUGAAACACCUGUUGUUGUACCACUGACUCUCGCUGAUGAACUGAUCACGGUAAACAAACUGCACGGAUACAGUGCUUUUACUCUAGAGUUGAAAGCCCUUAAAGUUGCUGGCCUGUCCCUUGGGAGGUAUUUAGGGUCAGUGUCUUGCGCAAGGACACUCCCACAGGGCCUGAGGCUCCCUGCCCCCAGGCCCUGUCCUCCAAAAUCAAAAAACUAUAGAAAGAGCUCCUAAAUAGUGUGCUUUGUUUGAUUUAGACUCCCCUGCUCAGUGCAAUCAGUCUCCUACCUGUGCCGUGAAAUAAAAUUAACUUCAAGGGAAUUCAUCUCAUUUAGAAUCAUCUAAAUGAUUAUUUCUCACAUGUAAAAGCGCUAUGGUGAGUUAAACAGGAUAAAAUGAAUAUAAAUGAUUCUGGCAUUCACCAGUUUGAUCGAUUUCUGCCACAGCCUGGACGGUGGGGAAUAAUGACAAACUGAUCAUGUGCUUGUCCCCCUCUGUUUACCUAAACGCCGCUGGGUUCAUUUACCCUCGGAUCACCGGGGGCGAACCUUUCCAGAACACACCAAAAUACAUCGGGGACCGCGAAGCAAACAUGACCAGCGGGUGCUGUGUACUUGUCCUGUUCUCCCUCAUGCACACGUCCCUGAGUGUGGAGAUGACUGGGCUGUAUGGCAGCUUUACCUCCCCCGACUUCCCCCGGCCAUACCCGGACAACCAGCUCAAAGUGUGGAACAUCACUGUGCCGGAUGGCCACAGGGUCAAGCUGUACUUCAGCCACUUCAGCAUGGAACCCUCUGACCAGUGUGAAUAUGACUACAUUCAGGUUUCGGCCGAGGGGAAUGAAACCUUGCGGUACUGCGGCGAGGAGGAGAAGAAUUACGAUGGGAGCCCAAGAAAAACCACCAUGCUGUCAGCCGGGAACCUGGUGUCAGUGGUCUUUAGAAGUGACUACUCUAACGAGGGACGAUUCACGGGCUUCCAAGCGUUUUACGCCGCAGAAGACAUCAACGAGUGUCUGACCCAGAUAGAUGGGGAAAGAGUGUGUGAUCAUUUUUGCCACAAUUAUAUUGGCAGUUAUUACUGCACGUGCAGACAAGGAUACCUUCUCCAUGACAACAAAAGAUCGUGCACAGUGCCGUGCCCCAGCCAGGUGUUGACCUCGCCGUCGGGGGUGCUGACCAGUCCGGGCUACCCGAGCCACUACCCGCCCAUGAGUCAGUGUGACCACACCAUCCGUCUGCAGGAGGGCUACAGAAUAAUUCUGCACUUCUUGGAGCCCUUUGACGUAGAGGGACAUUCAGAUGUCCCUUGUCCAUACGAUACGCUGAAGAUUUCAACGGCUGGACAAGAGUAUGGACCCUUCUGUGGAUCAGUGUCACCGGGCCGCAUCGACACCGGAAGUUACCAAGUGCGUGUGGCGUUUAGAUCCGACACUAGUGGGAAAAACAAGGGAUGGAAGAUCAAGUACACGAGUAUCAAGGCUGAAUCCUGAUGGCUUGUUGACAUGAGUAUUGUUCGUGUGCCUCUACCUCAAUAUUUAACAGGGACUUUUAUAUGCAGACAAUUUAAUGCAACCAUGACGAAACUUGUAUAUUGUAUUUGAGGCUGAAAGAAUUAUUAUUUUAAUGAAAUUAUAGUGCUACAAAAACGCUUUCCAAAUUUCAACAAAUUGUAUUGGUUACAUCUCAUUUGUAGUCCAGUUUAAUCGGGUUCUUUUAUUUCUUUAUCCGGUGAGAAUAAUCUCACCAUCACAAUCUUCCUAUAUCAACUUUUGUAUAGAUUGUGUCAUGAUUGUUUGAAAUAAAGCUUAACUCAAAAGACACUUUUACUCAGUGAUUUACACAUUUUAAAAAAGCGAUUUUUUUGUA